AUGUUUGUACUUGCACGUAGUUUGGGGUUCAAGAUAAGUUUAGAAGGUACAUUAUUUAGAACAAAGAUGCCCCAUAUUAAAAGAGGGUUAACAGAAAUUUCAGCAUUUGACGAAUUGCUUCAGGCAGAAGUUAAACAGGCAAAAAAGAUACAAACACAAAAGUUGAAAAGAAGGAAACUAGAAGAUACUAAUAGUCUUAUAAAAAAAAAGGGAAUCAAGACACUUCGUGAUGAAAAAGGUUUUAAACUUAGGGCUAUAGAGUCUAGCAAGGACGGAAACAAAAAGAAACAAGAAGAUCCUGAAUAUGAAGUUUCAAUUGAGGGUGAUCUUAGAAUUGUUAAACCAUAUUAUUUUACAUACAAAACUUUUUGCAAACAAAGAUGGAGAGAACGAAAAUUGUUAGACAUAUUUGUGACUGAAUUUCGAGACCGAAAGGAAUCUUACUAUAAGAAAUGUAUCGACGAAGGCUUUGUUUUCAUUGACGACCAGGUUGCUAACAUAGAUACAAUUGUUCAUGACGGAAACCUUAUUACACACAAGAUCCAUAGACACGAACCACCAGUAAUGGCAACACCUAUAAAUAUCAUUCGUGAAGAUGAUGACAUACUAGUAAUUAAUAAACCUAGUGGUGUACCAGUGCACCCAACUGGAAGGUACAGAUUCAACAGUGUUACAAAGAUUUUAGAGAAACAAUUAGGAUACACAGUACAUCCAUGCAAUCGUUUAGAUAAGCUAACCAGUGGACUAAUGUUCUUAGCCAAAACACCAAAGGGUGCAGAUAUAAUGGGAGACCAGUUGAAGGCGAGAGAAGUGAGUAAGGAAUAUAUCGCCAGGGUAGUGGGCGAAUUUCCAAAAGGGGAGAUUACUGUUGAAAAUCCACUAAGAACGUAUGAUCCAAGAGUUGCUUUAAACAAGGUCUGUGAUAUUAAUGAGGACAGUGCUAAACAUUCCAAGACAGUAUUCCAAUGUAUUAGUUUUGAUGGACAAACAAGCAUCGUUAGGUGUAAGCCACUUACUGGAAGACAACAUCAAAUACGUGUUCACUUACAAUAUAUCGGUUUUCCUAUUGCCAAUGAUCCUAUUUACUCGAAUGUUUCUAUUUGGGGAUCAACUUUAGGUAAGAAUGGGGAAGCAAAUUUUCAAGAGAUUAGUGAAAAACUUCAUGAAAUUGGGAAAACAAAGAGCAUACAGAGUUGGUUCUAUCGCGACAUAAAAGGGGAAGUAUUGUCGGAAGAGAAGUGCCCAGAAUGUGACACUGAAUUAUGCUCAAAACCAGAUCCAACCGAACUAACUUUAUGGUUACAUGCCUUCAAGUAUGCAUCGAAACUUGAUCUAGAUUCAACUGUUAAUACUAAUGAAUGUGGUUUGAAGAAUUGGAGUUAUCAAACUCCCUACCCUGAAUGGGCGCUAGAAGGACAUCGUAAAUUUACCGAACAAUUACAGUCUUCAACUGAUGAAAAUUAUCACUCCUUGUUAGUCCACAAGGAUAAAAUAUUAUCCGAAACCUCAGUAAAAUUGAGAUCAUUGCAGAUCAACCCAAUUGAUAAUAUGAUCAAUGAUUAUUUGAGAAAAGCUGGAAAGGACAUUUUACCCGAGGGGUGCACUAUAUACUCCACAUCAGUAGAUCCAAUUAUAACAAGCAAAGAAAUACAAAAGUACCAGUCCAAUAUAAUCGCGAUUGUCGUAAGAACCGAUAAAUAUAGAGGAACACUGAUUCCAGAUAGUUCUGAACAUUUGCUGGACAAAAUUAUACAAGUUCCAGACCUCGUACAUUAG